AUGGACUCUACAAUUCGCGUGUGGAAUCUGCCGCCACAAAAACGAGAUAAUUAUGGACCUAUCGAUUCACCGUUGAACUUUACUACCUACAUUGGUCAUACGGAUGCUAUAUGGGAUUUAAGAUUAUUCCCUAUUUGUAACUUAAAUACACAAUUUUUGGCAUCUGCAUCGGCUGAUGGAACAGUUAAAAUUUGGAAUACGGAAGCCGAAGGAUCACCCCUAAAAAGUUCGUGGGGAUAUUACGGAAACGACGGUGAACUACCGGUUAAUGGAGGUAAAUGCAAUUUUUCAAUGCUUGCUCAUCUGGAUUCAGUCACAACGCUUGAUAUUGAUCCAUCAGGAAUGAUAUUAAUUUCGGGAGGUCAUGAUACUUCUAUUCGUUUGUGGGAUAUUGUAUCAACAAGACAAUGUGUUCAAGAGUUUGUAUCGCAUCGGAGAAAAUCUGAUGAAGGUGUAUUAUGUGUUGAAUAUCAUCGGUCUUUGCCGUGGAUGGCAAGUGGUGGUGCAGAUUCUGUAGUAAAGAUAUAUUGUUGA